AUGGACGAGCUUGUCUUCAUCAUCUCUGGAACUUGCAUCAAAAUUGGAUGCUGCCUCCAAAGAAGUAGAGGCUGCUCGGUCAACCAUAGAGGAUCUCAAAUGCCGUUUGGACCAGGCGCUGGAGGACAAAGAAUUCUAUCGACAAAAGUCAGCCACUUUAGAAAUUCGAGAAAUGACCAGUCACAAAAGAUGAGCGAACCGGACUAUAAGAAGCUCUUUGAACAAGAGCAGCGACGACGCGAAGAAGCAGAGCGUGCUCGAGAGGAGGCACGACAAGCGCAAAUCGAGGAGCAACGACGACGCGAACAGGCAGAACAAGCACAACUCGAGGAACAACAGCGACGCGAAGAUGAACAGCGUAGACGGGAGGAAGCUGAGUUGAGAAUCCAAAGAACGACACUUCCUGAAUUUCUCCAUACCUGUCACCUCCAUCUGUGUCUGGGAUUCACGGUCCAGACUGAUGCCUCACGUUCCACACAAGGCAAUCCUGACAAUGCCCAGCACAAACUCCGCCCACGCCAUAACUGCAUCUGGCCUACAUUUCGAAGGUCAGGAUUUUUUCAGACGCGUCGCUUCAAGACCAUAAACACACUAGAAGAGCUAGGGCAGUCUCGUCUGACAGUGGAGGAUCCGGUCUCUGAGAUCGUCGCUGCCAUUGCGGAUGAUCACGAACUUCGAUCUUCGUUGGGUCUCAAAGGCUCGGUGAGCUUCGAGAAUCAUGGAAACACCUUGAGCCCCGACAGUCAAAUCAAACAGGCUGUUCAGGCCAUAGACAUCUCCGACGCGCAACGGCGGUCGGCCAGGCUUCAGUCACAGCACCAUCCAUCUCAUUCAAUCGUGCCCUCUGCUGACACUGACCCAGCCGCACUAAGAUCAUCCCGGCCUCGCGCCGACCAGUUUUGCGUCUAUCACGUCGGCUCGGGGGAACAGUCGUACCGCCAGCCGGCAUUGAUCAUUGAGUAUAAAGCGCCACACAAGGUUUCACUAGCAUGCAUCUGCGCUGGCUUGCAAGAGAUGGACUUGGAUGAUGUGGUGCAGGUGAAGGACACAGAAGGCGUGGAAGCGAAGCUGCAGCGGUUGGUGGCUGCCAUUAUCGUCCAAGCGUUUUCCUACAUGAUCCAGAUCGGGGUCGAGUACGGUUGCGUCUGCACUGGCGAAGCCUAUAUCUAUCUCCGAGUGCUUGACGAUCCUGGCACCGUCUACUAUCACCUCUCAGUACCCAAGCAUGAUAUUGGUGUGGAUACUGGCUGGACGCCAGCACUCGACCAGCCCAAUCGCCUGCAUAUGACUGCUGUUGGACGCAUGCUAGCGUUGACGCUGAUGGCGAUCCAGACGACACCGCGGAGCCAGAAGUGGAAGAGCGACGCGCGCACCUCGCUCGAGCCUUGGGAGGUCACGUACGAGGAGCUACUGGACCAGGUGCCAACCCCAGAACGCCUCACGUCGGACUACAUCCCCCCAUCAUGCACGAUUCAGCUCAGACAUUCCCCGAUUCAACUGCGGAAGAGGUCGCUACGCGCCGCGGGGUCCUGCAGUCCCCUACAGCCGCAAGAACGGAGCAGUAGUGACACCGAACCAGAGCCGGACACCCCUGUGCCUUCUACGCGACGGCCUGCAUCAUGCCGAGCGAAGCAAGAGAGAACCCCCAGGACACAGCGAAUAACGCGACGCACUGGUGGCUCCGGCGAAGGCAAGAAGCGGCAAUACUGCACCCCGAAAUGUCUGCGAGGCCUCAACGUGCGAGGGCCUCUGGACCACGAAUGUCCGAAUGUCAAGGCACAUGGAAGGCGGAAUCACCGGAUCGGCCGAUCAGGCUUUCUUCGUCUCAUGCACAAGCAGCUGUCGAGAGAUCUGGAUCAUGACGUGGAGUGCGUACGUAUUCAUGGCUCUCGUGGCGUCUUGUUCCGAGUCUGCCUCACGUCUCAUGGAUACACCGUCGCCGCCAAGGGUACAACGGCUGGAUUUGUGUCAUAUCUCAGACAUGAGGCCGCUGUCUAUGGUCGCCUGCGUUCGAUCCAAGGGGAGCAUGUGCCGGUGCACCUUGGGAACAUCGAUCUCACGCACCCUUAUAACUAUGACGGGAUCGCCGAGCUGACGCACAUGAUGUUCAUGAGCUUCGGUGGCGUGAAGAUCUCGCGAGAGAUCCUUGCAAGACACUCAGCCGAGAUUCGCGCCCAGGUGGAACGAGCGACCUGUUCCAUCCAUCAGCACGGGGUGCUUCAUCGCGACCUGGAGCUGCGAAACGUCCUGUGGUGCCCAGCCGAGCGACGAGUGGCCAUCAUUGACUUUGAGCGGGCGCGUAUGCCGGAGGUCAGGUCGCCUCUCGGCGAAGUAUCUCCAAACCGAAAGCGGAAGAGACAGACAGAGAAGCCACCGACGAGUAGGAACUCCGAGGCCACAGCGUUCAUUCAAGAGAGGCUCCACGUACUCAAGGUUUUAGGCGCAACAUGA